AUGGAUGCCGAGCCCUUGUUCCUGUAUGGAGAUGCGGCCCAGUUUACAAAAUACGGGGAUCACUUACUUGGAGCUUUCAUGGGCUUCGUCUUGACCGAGCACCAAGGUCUGGCCUACUCCAGGUUCCCCCUGUUUUUUUUGCAGGAUCGGUUCAGUGCUGGCAGAUGCACCGAGCAGCCACUCUGGAGGUUUGUCGUGGAUUCCCUCCAGAAGCUGGCUGCCACACAUCUGGUGACCGAGAUCCGAGGCGACUGGAAGUUUCUCGUCGAUGUCUUCGCGAUGAAGGCGACUCCGACAUCGAAGGAGUGCUGCUACAAAUGCAGAUGUAGCAGCACUUCUUACGGAACUUUCGGUCUUGCAGCCGCCUGGAUGCGAACCAGGCGAAGCAACGUGGACUUUCUCCUAAAUGUCCUUCCGGAGUUGGACUCGGAGGAGAGUUCACCGCUGCUCUGGCUGCCGGGCUUUUCCGUGGAGGUCAUCAAGCCCUGUUGGAUGCAUGUGGCCCAUGUGGGAGUGGGGCUUUUUGCAAAUGGUUCGGCCAUGCAAAUCUUGCUCGACCGGGAACUGUGUGGUGCCGGUCUUAGCAAAGACCUGGCUCUCCGGGCCUUGUUCCUCAGGUUCAGGGGCUGGCAGAAGAACCUGGGCAUCAAAGUCGCGAUGCCGCGAUUCAGGCACUUUCUCCUGAAGAAUGACCUGGAGCAGAUUUUUUACCAAUCCAAGGCCCACCACAGCAGAGUCCUGACGUCCUUUCUGGCUGCCGUCCUCACAGAGGAAAGCAAGAAAGCACCUGAGGAUCUGGAGCUGCUUCAGGCGAGUCUCUGUUUAUAUCUGCUGUCGGAGCUCUACAACCAAGUGGAGCGAGGCAGCAGGUUCUUGACGGAGCAG